AGAGAAAGGGCAGCGAUUGGUGGAGAGAGUUUGAUAUGUUUUUAGUGUUUGUUUGGGGCUUGGAGAUUGUCUCCGUCCCGUUUCUCUCUGUUCCUCCCCCUCGAAAACCCUUUCCUUAUUCUUCCCUCCGCUAGAGAGAGAAAGAUAAAACCUAGAAAUUAUUUUCUGGAGGAAAUUUGGCGGAAAUUUCCAGGAGCUGAGGAUCCGAGCUAGGGUUUCGGGUGUGAAUAUCCGGGUUUUUCUGGGUGCAAGGUGAUGUUGGGAUUGCGGUAACUGGAUCGAAAUGUUGGUUAGGAAUGCAAAUUUGUUGGAAUUCUAGUUCCGAUCUUGAAAUUACGGCGCGAAUCGAAGGCUCGAAGCAAUGGAUGUGGACUCAUCGUCGAUGGUGCCGGACACUGAUCACGAUCCGGCAGUGCCAAACCACAGUACGACGUCGUCUCAGGCCGCAGUAGAAGGGGAACAACAGCUUGGCGAGCAGGCGCAACCGGGAACUGGAUCUCCUCCGCAGCAGCCUCAGACAGCGGCUGCUCCACAGGCACCACAGACUCCGGUGGCGGGACCGCGGCACGCCCCAACGUACUCGGUGGUCAAUGCAAUUUUAGAGAAAAAAGAGGAUGGUCCAGGGCCAAGAUGUGGCCACACGUUGACUGCGGUGGCGGCUGUGGGCGAGGAGGGCACGCCGGGCUACUUUGGCCCCAGGUUGAUUUUAUUUGGUGGUGCCACAGCUCUUGAGGGCAAUUCGGCGGCUUCAGGGACUCCAUCAUCAGCUGGAAGUGCCGGCAUAAGACUUGCAGGUGCCACAGCGGACGUGCAUUGUUAUGACGUGCUAACAAAUAAAUGGUCUAGGAUCACACCCUUUGGAGAACCUCCCACCCCAAGGGCUGCACAUGUAGCAACAGCUGUAGGAACUAUGGUGGUUAUUCAGGGUGGAAUUGGUCCUGCUGGUUUGUCUGCUGAGGAUCUUCAUGUUCUUGACCUCACACAGCAACGGCCUCGAUGGCACAGGGUUGUUGUUCAAGGCCCUGGACCUGGGCCACGCUAUGGACAUGUGAUGGCAUUAGUGGGGCAAAGAUAUCUUAUGGCAAUUGGUGGUAAUGAUGGAAAACGGCCUUUAGCUGAUGUUUGGGCUCUCGACACAGCUGCCAAACCUUAUGAAUGGCGUAAGUUGGAACCAGAGGGGGAGGGUCCACCACCAUGCAUGUAAAUCUUUCAUGCUCUCCCUCUUUAACACUCAUGACACUCAAAUUCUUAUUAUAACACAUA